AUGAAGGUUGCAAGCCUCCUCUCUAUGCACCUAUCGAAGAGGAAACGACGGCAUAUCGACGAGCUGGAGAUGACGAUGACUGAUAUUGAAGAUGACUCUGAUGACUCGGGGUUAGAGAACCUGGUGGGCAUCGAAUCCCUACGCGGUCAAGCUGCGAGCUAG